UAAAAUGCAACCAAGAGGGUUUAGAGCAGUAUAUUUAUUUUGUCUUAUAGUGGGGUUUCUAAAGAUAUUCAACUGUAUUCAUUAGUCUGAAUUUUUGCUUGAAAUUUGACUAUUUUUUGUGUGUAUUGGCAAAGGUCUCAUGUCUUAGCAAUGUGAAAUAAGAAUCCCCAAAUUAGGUUUGCCAACCCUCCAGGAUUGUUCUGGAGUCUCCAGGAAUUAAAGAUUAUGUCAUGUGAUCAAAUCUCCAGGAAUUCCUCCAACCAAAUUUGGCAACCCCCCAGUGGAUGCUUAGGUGAGGGAGGUCUGGGGUGAUUAUUGCUUAGAAUAAUAGAAAUAGAAUAGAAAUAGAAAUGAGCUGUGCAAUAGUAUGUCCCUUGCUAUUUUGGAGGAAGGUUCUUUUUCUCCUGUUAUAUGAGUCAGGGCAGACAAUGGAUAUUUUUAGGGACAGAAAAUAUUUGUAAAAGGCAUAAUCUAUAAAAAGAGCAUUUGUUAGCAGCUGUUUGCUGGUUCAGGACCUUAGACUGCAAAUUCUUAAGGAUGGGGACUGCCUCUUUGUCACACACACACAGCACAAUGGAUCCCUGGUGCUAACUGGCACAUCUGAGUCUGAUUGGACUAUAACUUUUAAAGGCUAUGAGUGGAAAAGGAUUUAUAUAUGUGUGACCAAGAUACUAAAAAAUAAACAAUAGGUUGUUUGCACAUACUCAAGGUGUUAAUGCUGGACCAUUACUAUUAAAGAUGAUAAACAGUGGACAUACAAUACUACAAAGAUAUUUGCAGCAGCUGAUUCCUAUGGCAGCCAGGGGACUGUUGCGCAUGAAAAACUCACAUCUUCACAAUAUGAAUUGUUUCUGGCUGAUUAGAUUUUCUGCAGAGAUUGCACUCAGACCUGUGUCUUCUAGGCACUUCUGUCUGAAGAUAGAGAGUGCUGAUGCAGAGUCAUGCCAGGAGAAUGGCAUUCUAGUAAACAAUCUGGCAUGCAUGGGAGUGGAUGUCAAAAUGGCAAGAAGGCGACAACCUGGAGUUCUGAAGAAGCUGAUCACAAAUGAAGAGGGCCUCAAAAAGUUUCUGCAAAGCAAAGGGGCUACUAAUGAAAUCAUUGCUAGCAUCAUCUCACGUUAUCCACGGGCCAUCACGCGUUCCCAUGAGUCUCUUGAAAAACGUUGGGAACUUUGGAGAAGUAUUUUGAUGACUGACUUGGAAAUUGUAAAUAUUCUGGGACGUUCCCCUGAGUCCUUCUUUCGUUCCAGUAAUAACAUGAAUAUGGAGAAAAAUAUUACAUUUUUCUGUUCUCUUGGGCUAACCUCUAAACACCUUAGCAAUAUGUUGACCAGAGCACCACGGGCGUUUUCUAACAGAGUGGAGCUGAAUAAGCAGAUGACUGACCUCCUGCAUGAAAUCUGUUUAUCUUUAGGUGGUGAAAACCCAAAUGGUUUUGUGAAGCACAUAAUUUCUAAAAAUGUUUUCAUCCUCCUGCGGAGCAGCAAGCAAGUGAGUGCAAACAUUGAGUUCCUGCAGUCAUCUUUCCAUCUGAGGAAUGAGGAAUUACUAGCUCUGCUACAUGGCACUGGAGCUGACAUUUUGGACUUAUCUAAUGAAUAUAUAAAAAAAAACUUUACAAAUGCUAAAGAGAAGCUGUUAUCUCUUGGGUGCACUGAAAGAGAGGUGGAUAGAUUUUUCAUUAGGUAUCCACGAGUGCUCUUUCUUUCAGCCAAGACCCUCAGUGAUAAAAUAGAUUGCCUCUUGCAAGCAAAGAUUCACAUUAAACAAAUAGCUGAAACUUCUCGCGUUCUGGAUGUAAGUAUCAGUACUGUAAGAAGCAGAGUCAAGGAACUGGAAAAAACUAGUUAUGACUUCAAAACCUAUGGAAUUGGCAUCCUUACUUUAAGUAAAAAGAGAUUUGAAGCUAAAUUGGAAAAAUUACAUAGUGCAUGGUGAUUAACCAAGAGGACAGCAUCCAUUCUGUGAGAAUACAGGGUCAGAUUUUGAAAUUAAAAAACUUGAAAAAGGGUCCUGUUUUGUUAUUUUGAAACUUAUUUCAAAAUCAUUUGUGGUUACUUAGCACUGCUUAUUUAGGAUAAGUAAAUUCUCAGCUAUCACUAGCGGGGUGGUAUGGGGUGACCAGGAGACCCGUUUAGUGUCUUGCUGUGAAGGUAGUGGAUCACAGAUACUGAAAAGAGUGGGACUGUUUAGAGAGGACUCCAGUUGGAGGAGAUAUUAGAGAUAUGCAGAAUAAUGAAUGGUACAGAGAAGAUAAGUCAGGUAUACUAUUUGUCCUUUCUUCCAUACAAAAGCAACAGAUCAUUCAUACCCUUGAUUCUGGAACUGGCUUAGCACAGGCAAACCAUUGCAUCCAUUUGGAGCCCCAUUGAAGCCCUUGCAGGAGCCAGUUGUUGGACUGGGGUAUUCUAUUAUUUCUUUACAUUGUUUCAUCUUAUCACAGAUAAGUAAGAUCUAGGAGCCUGUGUCCUUGGGAAAUGCAUUGAAAGGUCUGUUGAUAAGGGUUGGCAUAGAUGUAGUCUUUAUGAUAGAAGCAUGUCCCCAUAAGCCUAUAAAAUCUAAUAAUAUGAAGAGCUGGCUUAAAUCUAACAGGCACACUUAGAAGGGCAGUUGGUAAAGGGAUGUGACAUCAAAGUAUUGUCCACAGCUGGUGACAGAUGAUUUGGUGACAGAUGAUUCAUUAAAUGCUACAGAAGUCUCUCAGAUGAGGACAAAUGUACUUGGCAUUUGCAAAUCAUAGAUACUUUAAGGAGGUAGCUCCUAAAUGCAGAAAACUAACAUGACAUUAUUCCUUGAAGCAUAAUACAAACUGCUUUUGAUUUUAAGAACAGGUAAUUCUGUUUAUUUCAAGUGUAUAAUGACACAUUUUCCCCACCUAAUUACAUGAUCUAAGGAUUUCUGUAUAUUUACAUAUGUAUGUUUUUAUGUUUCUUACCCUUUGAUCACACAUCUAGUCCUCUUGCUUUAAUUAGGUAUAAGUAAGUGUCUAUUUUUUUCACUCCCUCCUUUGCAGGAGGAGGGUGAAGUCAAAGAACUUGGAUCCUAAGUCUCAAGUCUAAGCAAAACUUUGGUAGGUACCUGCUUGUGUUUGCAGGUUUUGGGACUUAAAUUUGAUCUUGAAUUCUCAGGAUCCUGGGAAAUGUACAUUUUAUCUGAGUAUACAUUUAAAUGUUUACAAGAGAAGCAUUACUUACUGACAGGUUUCAGAGUAACAGCCGUGUUAGUCUGUAUUCGUAAAAAGAAAAGGAGUACUUGU